AUGUUGUCCAAGAAAAUAGGAUUUGUCAAGAGGCUGGCCAACAAGAUUAAGGUUGGGGGCUGCAUUGGUCAUGGUUCUGACAUAUUGUGUUACGAAAACUUGUCAAGAUCAUGUGAUCUUGAUGAAAAUAAACAAGUGUAUAAUCGAUCGUGCACGAGCACCCCGAGAGGAUGUAUUGCACUAUAUGUUGGAGAGGAGCAACAACGGUUUGUGGUUCGGACAUCCCAUCUUUCUCACCCUCUCUUCCAAAUAUUAUUGGAAAAGAUGGCUGACGAAUUUGGGUUCGACCAGAAAGAUAGGCUGGUGGUUCCGUGCAGCGUUGUUGUUUUCCGAGAGUUAAUGAGUGCGGUGAAAUGCAACAACGGCAAGUUUGAUUCAAGAUGCCUUAUUGAAGAGAUCAAUAUUAACUCGAAUUGA